UUCGAAGCAUCAGUCUUGCGUUCUUCCUGAACCGUACAUGUUCUAAAGAAUCGACCUUUCGAGCGUUCUCAUCAUCUCCGUCUCCAUCAAAUUACUCAACCCAGGCUCGUGGCGGCCUCCCUCGCUUCUAUUCCGAAAUCCUCCCUUCUUCCAAGGGUAGUGUUGUUCGUGUCAAAGGAGAUGAGUUUUGGCACAUGACUAGAGUUCUAAGAUUGACCAUUCAUGAUAGAGCUAUUUAAUGGAAAAGGGAACUUAGUUGAAGGAUGCAUACAGAACAUUGAUCAAUCUGGACUGAAAAUUGUGGCUCUAGAGAAUCCCAAGUUGGUAUCACCUUUGGAGACUCAAUGGCAUGUCUUUGCUGCUUUCGGAACUCUAAAGGGAGGUCGCGCUGAUUGGCUUGUAGAGAAAUGCACUGAGCUGGGGGCCCAUAGCAUUACACCACUGUUGACAGAACGGUCUUCUUCUCUUUCAGAAAAUCGUGUGGAGAGAUUAUUACGUGUCAGUUUGGCUGCAUCCAAACAAUGUCAGCGGCUGCACGAAAUGAGUUUCAACCCUCCUAUUAAAGUUGCUCAGCUCUUGCCUCAUGUUUUAAUUCUGUUUUUCUUUGAUUAUUUUUGGCCGGGUGGUUACUCCAAAGGUCAAAGCGUCGCCGUUAUCAUUUAUUGCGUUAGCAGAGGCAGCACCAGUUUUUAGUGCCUUGAAUUCCCGAAGAAAAGAAUCGUCUGGAUUAUUGGUAAUAGGACCGGAAGGAGACUUCACUGAGAAUGAGAGGAAAAUGAUAGUUGAAGCAGGUGCAACUGCAGUAGGUCUGGGGCCACAUCGCCUACGAGUUGAAACUGCCACGGUGGCACUUUUGGCAACUUUGAUGUUUUGGGCGGACAAUCAGUGUCAACUAGCCAACAGUUAGCAGAACUUACAAGGCCUGCCUAUGUAAGGGAUUUCUUUGUUGGGCUUAUAAAUUUGGGAUGGCUUGGUUUAUACUUUUCUUGAAGCUUUAUGUUCUCAUUUGGUGGUAUGUCCUGAAUUAUGAACUCGAAAUGUGGUUGCUCACCUUAGGAUAGAGCUUGCAGUCUCGUCUUCGUCUCAUUUUUCUUGCUUUUCUUUAAUCAGACACAACACUGUUUUUAUAUCACACACAAAUCUCUUAUCAUGCAUAAAGAUUUGUUUAAAAUGUUGUGGUUAUUUUGAUAUUAAACUCAAAGAAUUUCAGGAUUAGGCUGGACCUCCCAUCUCAAUCCCUUUGAUCAAGUCUGAAGCUGCAACUGAAGCAUCUUAUACAGCUGAGACAGAAUUAUAAUCUAAGGGACUUUUAAAGUAUUACCGAUAACAUAAAAUGUAUAGAGAGAGGCCAGUUUCGUUGUCAAGUGGAGUUAAAUUAUAUAAAUUAUUUUUUUCUAAUUGUCUCGCAUAUAAAUAAACAAGUGUUCUACAUUGGCGUCUUUGUUUUUUAAUAUCUCAUUUUCUUUUUAUAUUAUAGUUGGACAAGUGAAAUUGUAUUUUGAGGUUCUUUUAGAAGACAGAAAUCAUAAGUAACACAAUUAUUCUUCAAAAAAUUUAUAAG